AUGGUUAAGCCGGCAGAGGCUGCUCUGUAUGCGGCUGUUGGUGGUAUCUCCACCGCCGUGGCGGCUCUCAAUGUCUUGUACCCCCAGAUACGAUCGGACCUGAAGUUUAUUCGGACGUUCCGAGGCCCGAUAUCCCGCCCCAGCCCCCCCGUCUCCCCAGUGGACCGUUUCCUCCACCAGGUUCAGCUCCAGCCAGACAAGCCCUUCGUCCUGUUCGAGGACCAGCUCUACACGUACAGGGACAUGGACGUCAUGUCCAACAAGGUGGCCAACUACUUCCGCGGGGAGUCCGGCUUCAAUCCCGGCGACAACGUCGCCAUGUUGGUUUACAACGAGCCAGCCUUCGUCUGGACCUACCUGGGCCUGGCGAAGUUGGGGGUAAAGAUCGCGCUCCUGAACACCAACCAUCGGAGCAAGUCCCUGUUGCACUGCGUCACGGAGGCAGAUACGAAGGCUCUCAUUGUGGGACAAGGCGAUGCUUUACUGGAGGCAACAAUGGAAAUCUUACCGGCACUGGAGGAGCUUGGUGUGAGGGUCUGGUUACAGGGAGACAAACCUGCUCCCCAAGGCUUUCUUUCAUUGGAUGACAAAAUCAGUCAAUCGUCCGACCAGCCAAUCCCAUUCAACACGCUCAAACAGACCAAGACACAACUGGUAAAGGAUGGAUUUGAUCCAAACGCUGUCACGGAUUCUCUGUACAUUCGUGACGACUCUAAGAAGACGUACGUUCCGCUAGAUUCGGACGUCUACAAGGCUAUUGCCGUCGGCAAGGCAAAACUGUGA